CAUGAAUUGACAAUAGUUUGUCAAUUGGCCUCAGAAAUAUGCAGGAAAAUACAUAUGGAUCUAUGUGGAAUUGCUUAGACGUCAUUAAGUUGCCUUUGAUUCGCUGUCAUCUUUUCACUUCAACUGGUCAUUCUGGAAGUAAAAUUUUCCUCAAAAGGUGGGAUCCUCAUGUCUGCACAGAAUAAUGAUUUGUUCAGCCUUGAUUCUAUUUGGACUUUUGUUCGUGAUAGAUUCUAAUGAAGAUGCCUGCUUCAAAAUAUGUAGAUGUACUUCUUUAACUACAAAUACAUUAAAAGUGGAUUGCAGUAUCAGAAAACUAGAAAUCGUGCCAUCUUUCCCUGAAGAAACAGAAGAACUUUAUUUGCAAGAGAACAAUCUGACAGGAAUCCCUAGUGGAACCUUUGAUAAAUUAAUAUACUUAAAAAGGUUGAAUUUAUCCUCCAACCGACUUCAUUGUGACUGCAAUAUUUGGUACUUAAAAAUAUGGCUGGAUGAUCAAAAAUUAGAUACUGAUAACAAAAUAAAAUGUCUUACACCAAGACCAUUACAUGGAAUUCCAGUAACUCAGCUAACAAGAGUUCAAAUUGAGUAUUGUAAAAAGAGCAAACAACUUUGUCAUGAUUUCUUGUUUAAUGACACUUUUCUUUUUGUUCUUUUUUUGGGGUUAUUUUUGAUAAUGAUCUUCUGCCUUAAAGCUUUAAAAAUGAUGAGAUUUGAGCUCAAAUUUCAUGAUGACUAUAACAGCAACUUUGAGCUGCAAGAGACUCCAAAAUUCCACUCUUUAAAAAGGCGAAGUCAACGGUCUUAUAAAAACUAUUGUUAAACCAAACACAUACUUGCUACAUACCUACAAUAUUCAUCUAAUUUAUUUGUAAUUCUUUAUCUUCUUCUACCUCUCUUCCUAUUUUCUUUAUACACCCAAUGUAGCUACCUCUCAAUAAGUUAUAGACUGUUUCUUUAGACAAUUACUUCCAAGAAUCACUUCUGUAAGUAACAUUGAAAAGUAUGUUUCUUUGUUGUUUAUAGUUAGUUUGUCUAUUCAGAAAAUAAUAUUUUAUAGCCAAAAUGGUGUAUUAGUGGUUGAUUUAAAUAUGUUGCAGAUUUGCUUACAAAUGCCAAUAUACUAGUAUCAUCCAGAAGCAGAAAAGAAAGAAAAUAAGACAAGAAUGUGGAUUUUUAAAUAUUGUACAUUCAAUAUAUUUGUAUUAAUUUGAUGUAUUUUAUGAUUGCAAAUACUAUUACCAUAUUGUUUGUUUAUAAAUGCAAAUACUUUUGGAAGUAUAUAGCUAGGGGAAGAAUUGUCCAGCUAAUUGUGAAAUUGAAAAAAAACAAACAGAAAAAGUGUGAAUAGAAACAAUUAACAUUAUCUUAUUCCUAGGGAUGUAUUAUGAGAGUACAGAAUCAAUGUGAGACUUCUGCUUUAGGUCUCAAGCCCAAGAACCUUUUCUGCUUUAUCAAAAUGCCAUUGGACACUGACCAUGACCAACAUAGGUUGGUGUCACUAUGGCUUUCAGAGUCACUUGUCUGUGACCUACAGAGGUCACUGUUGCUGUCAGAGUGCCUUUUUUCUUAUCCAAAAUACCUUAUAUUUUGCAUACAAAAAAUACCACUGUAAUAACUGGUCCUGGCAAACAUAUAAUAUGCUUUUAGUUACUAGAGUUGUCUGGUAAAAAAAAUAUAAAAUAGAUAAUUAUUUUUUUUUUUUUUUAAUCCUCUAGAGUUUAUUAAAUGAGUAUCAUGCUGCAAA